AUAAUUAUUUAUAAUAUGAUUUCAUUUUAUUCUUGGAGGAUUCAAUCUUGACAAAUCGAGAUCGCCCUUCUCCUCCAUUUUUUAAUGUUUUAAUGUAUGGUAGAAUCGACGGGUACGUCGACGAACCAAAGCAGAGGUUAUCUGUUAGGGUUUAUGUAUUAGUUUAAUGGAUUUAGUCCGUCAAAAAAGUGUUUUUAGAAUCUCAGAAAGGUGCCAACUUUUUCGCUAUUUACAGUUUGUGCCCAUCAUCAGCUGCUUCGUUUCCUCCACCUCGAAGAAAUGUUCCCAGCGAGGCCGACCUUCUUGCUUGUCUUUGGCCCCUUCGUUGUCUUGGAUAGGGAGCACAAAUCGCAGAGUACAGGUAACAGAGGCGGUGACCGAGAAUUUGCUUGGGCUUUGAAGCCUUUCUCUGAGGGAGACUACUCAAAGAUCUGAUCUUGGUUUCUUCAGUUUCCAACCGGGUCAUCAUCACUUCUUCUCAAAGGUGAAAAAUGUCAGCCUCUAGGCCUGCCCGGUCUUCUGAUGACACCAGGCGAUCGAGACAUGGUGCUAGGGUCAUUGCACAGACCACUGUAGAUGCAAAACUCCAUGCUGAUUUCGAGGAAUCAGGCAGUUCCUUCGAUUACUCGAGCUCGGUUCGAGUCACUGGUCCUGUCGUGGAAGACCAACCACCGAGGUCUGACAAGGUGACUACUGCUUAUCUUCUUCACAUACAGAAGGGUAAGCUGAUUCAACCCUUUGGAUGUUUGCUGGCCUUGGACGAGAAGACCUUCAAGGUCAUUGCAUACAGCGAGAAUGCCCCCGAGAUGUUGACCAUGACUAGCCACGCAGUUCCUAGUGUUGGGGAGCACCCCGUUCUUGGAAUCGGGACAGAAAUAAGGACCCUUUUCACUGCUCCUAGUGCCUCUGCCCUGCAGAAGGCACUCGGAUUUGGGGAUGUUUCUCUCUUGAAUCCCAUUCUUGUUCACUGUAAGACUUCUGCAAAGCCCUUUUACGCAAUUGUCCACAGGGUAACAGGGAGCAUCAUCGUUGAUUUCGAACCUGUGAAGCCCUACGAAGUUCCCAUGACAGCUGCUGGUGCUCUACAGUCGUACAAGCUUGCCGCCAAAGCAAUAACCAGAUUGCAGACAUUGCCCAGCGGGAGCAUGGACAGGCUGUGUGAUACGAUGGUUCAGGAGGUAUUUGAACUCACGGGUUACGACAGGGUUAUGGCCUAUAAAUUCCAUGAUGAUGAUCAUGGUGAGGUUAUCUCCGAGGUUACAAAACCCGGGCUAGAGCCUUAUCUUGGAUUGCAUUAUCCAGCCACCGACAUUCCUCAAGCUGCCCGGUUUCUGUUUAUGAAGAACAAAGUCAGGAUGAUAGUUGAUUGCCGGGCAAAACACGUUAAGGUGCUUCAAGACGAGAAGCUGCCAUUUGAUCUCACCUUGUGUGGCUCAACCCUUAGGGCACCCCACAGCUGCCAUCUUCAGUAUAUGGAGAACAUGAGUUCAAUUGCCUCUCUCGUCAUGGCGGUGGUGUUUAACGAGGAUGAAGGAGAGGGUGACGUCCCUGAUUCUGCACCGCCUCAUAAGAGGAAGAGGCUAUGGGGUUUGGUGGUGUGCCAUAACACGACCCCGAGAUUUGUUCCGUUUCCUCUUAGGUAUGCCUGUGAAUUUCUAUCUCAAGUGUUUGCUAUACAUGUCAGCAAGGAACUGGAACUGGAAAAUCAGAUCGUGGAGAAGAACAUUUUGCGUACACAGACACUAUUGUGUGACAUGCUGAUGCGUGAUGCUCCACUCGGUAUCGUGUCUCAGAGUCCCAACAUAAUGGAUCUUGUGAAAUGUGAUGGAGCAGCUCUUCUGUACAAGAACAAGAUCUGGAAACUGGGAAUAACUCCAACCGACUUCCAGCUGCAAGAUAUUGCUUCAUGGAUGUCUGAUUACCACAGGGAUUCCACGGGUUUGAGCACGGAAAGCUUGUAUGAUGCUGGCUUUCCGGGGGCUCUGGCUCUCGGAGACUCGGUAUGUGGAAUGGCAGCAGUGAGGAUAACUUCCAAGGACAUGGUUUUCUGGUUCCGGUCUCAUACUGCUGGAGAAAUAAGAUGGGGUGGUGCAAAGCAUGAUCCUGAUGAGAAAGAUGAUUCGAGAAAAAUGCAUCCUAGGUCAUCUUUCAAGGCUUUCCUCGAGGUGGUCAAGACAAGGUGUACACCCUGGAAGGAUUAUGAAAUGGAUGCCAUUCAUUCCUUGCAGCUCAUUCUGAGGAAUACUUUCAAGGAGACCGAUACCAUUGAUGUGAACACAAAUGUGCUCCACUCGAAGUUAAAUGAUCUAAAACUCGAUGGGAUUCAAGAACUAGAAGCUGUGACAAGUGAGAUGGUUCGCUUGAUUGAAACCGCCACUGUUCCGAUUUUGGCUGUUGAUGCUGAUGGAUCGAUCAAUGGUUGGAACACCAAAAUUGCUGAGCUAACCGGUCUUCCAGUUGAUGAAGCCAUCGGAAAGAAUUUCCCCACACUUGUUGAAGAUUCUUCGGUUGAAAGGGUCAAGAAGAUGCUGGAGAUGGCAUUGGAGGGAACUGAGGAGCAGAACGUUCAAUUCGAGAUCAAGACACAUGGGUCAAGGGUGGAUGCGGGGCCAAUAAGUUUAGUUGUCAAUGCAUGUGCAAGUAGAGAUCUCCAUGAAAAUGUGGUUGGAGUGUGUUUCGUUGCUCAAGAUCUUACUGCUCAGAAGAAUGUGAUGGACAAGUUUACCCGGAUCGAAGGUGACUACAAGGCCAUCAUCCAGAACCCGAACCCAUUGAUCCCUCCCAUAUUUGGUACGGAUGAGUUCGGCUGGUGCACAGAAUGGAACCCAUCAAUGGCAAAGUUAACCGGAUGUAAACGUGAGGAAGUGAUCGACAAGAUGCUGUUGGGAGAGGUCUUUGGGACACAGAUGGCGUGCUGCCGUCUUAAGAACCAAGAAGCCUUUGUGAAUCUCGGGAUUGUGUUGAAUAAUGCCGUGACCAGUCAAGACUCUGAUAAGGUGUCCUUUGCUUUCUUUACGAGGAACGGGAAGUAUAUAGAGUGUCUUUUGUGUGUGAGCAAGAAACUGGACAGGGAAGGUGUAGUAACCGGUGUCUUCUGUUUCCUGCAACUUGCAAGCCAAGAGCUUCAGCAAGCGCUUCAUGUCCAGCGUCUGUCUGAACAAACUGCCUUGAAGAGACUGAAAGCUCUAGCUUACAUAAAAAGGCAAAUCAGGAAUCCUCUGUCGGGGAUUAUGUUUUCGAGGAAAAUGAUGGAGAGCACUGAAUUAGGACCCGAGCAAAGACAGCUUCUGCACACUAGUGCACAGUGCCAGCGGCAACUCAGCAAGAUCCUCGAUGAUUCAGAUCUCGACAGUAUCAUUGAAGGGUACUUGGAUCUGGAAAUGACAGAGUUCAGCCUGAAUGAGAUAUUGACUGCUGCCACAAGUCAAGUGAUGAUGAAGAGCAAUGGGAAGAGUGUCCGGAUGACGAACGAGACAACAGAAGAAGUGAUGAACGAUACCUUGUACGGGGACAGCAUCAGGCUUCAACAAGUGUUGUCCAAUUUCAUGCUGAUGUCAGUUAGUUUUACGCCGCCUGGAGGGCAGCUUACUCUUAUGGCUAGCCUCGGGAAGGAUCAACUUGGGCAAUCUGUUCAUCUUGCCUACCUUGAGAUCAGGAUAACACAUACGGGAGCUGGAAUACCGGAAUUGUUGCUAAACGAGAUGUUUGGAAGUGAUGAAGAUGUGUCGGAAGAAGGGAUGAGUCUUCUGAUUAGCCGGAAGCUGGUGAAACUGAUGAACGGAGACGUGCAUUACUUAAGACAGGCCGGGAAAUCUACUUUCAUCAUUACUGCUGAACUUGCGGCUGCGAACAAAUAA